ACUAUUAAUGGUUUAUCGGUUUAAUUUGGUAAACAGGAAAAAAUAUCUAUAACAUUCCUUGCGACGUUCAUUUGAGCGAGAAAUUCGCACAAUUCAACAUGUUUACAAAAGUAUUAUAUCUUACUUUAUUGUUGGCUUGCUGCGGGUCUAUCGAAUGCAAGAACUUCCGCUCCGACUACAAGUACCACAACACCGUCGACGCCUGGCUGAAGUUCCACGCUGUGCCGGGCACGUGGCGAGAGGCGCAGCAGAGAUGCUUCUUGGAAGGCGCAAUCCUAGCUUCGCCUGUCGAUGCGGCCUGGCAAGCUGCAAUAAUUGCUCAAAUCAAUGCCACCACGUCCAACGGUGCUAACAUCUAUACGGGAAUACAUUCCAUCUACUCUAAAGGAUAUUUCCAUUCUAUUGAAGGUGUACCUUUGGCUAAAAUGUCUCUACAGUGGAUGUCCGGGCAGCCGGACAACUUUGGCAACAGCGAGGACUGCAUCGUUUACUCCCGCGGUGAAAUAGCUGACGUUAACUGCUCCGAAGUUUUUCCCUUCGUGUGUUAUAAGAACAGUAUCGACAACACGUCUGUGAUGCCGUGUGGAACUAUUGACAAAAAGUACGAAUUUGUCGCGGAUACCGGCAGUUGUUACAAGUUUCACAGCAACCACGUCACAUGGGCCGAGGCGUACAAGUUCUGCGCGGCAGAGGGCGCUUAUCUCGCUGUAAUCAACAACAAGGAAGAAGCUAACAGGCUGGCGGAACUUCACAAGAAACACUAUCCACAGUCCACUGAACAGUAUGUCACUCUCAUCGGGGUGCAUGAUGCGUACAAAGAUGGAAUUUGGAGAACUAUUCAAGGUCAAACGCUGGAGGUGGCAGGGUACGCAGAGUGGGAAAGGGGUCAACCGGACAACGCUGGCGCGGGUAAGGCCUGCGGAGCCAUGUUCCCCAACGGGAAGCUGGAUGACUUCUGGUGCAACCAAGACACCAAGUUCCUGUGUGAGAAGGACCCGAACAACUUGCAGGAUUCUUAGUAGUCAUCUACCAAUAUAGAGGAGUUUUUUAUAAUCGUAUAUUAGUUCGAACAGUAGCAAUUUCAUUUUGAUAAAAUUUAAUAUAUUGUAUAAUAAUUUUGAUAUACGAGUACUAUUUUAGCAGUAACAAGGGGAGAAGAAAUUGCUCAGCUCUUCUUGCAUACUAGAUUGAUUAGUAGU